CAGCGCCGCGCGUCUACUGUACGUGCAGGAGCAGAGAAGAAGGAGAGGGCGAGGGUAUAAGGUGCACGUGGCGCGCGUGUGUACCGAUAAUAGUCAGGAAAGUGACAAAAAUAUACGGGAUCUCCGUUGAUUCGCGUGUAAAUCACCCAACUGCACACAUAUUAUAUGUGUAUACAUCCGAUCGGUAGUCCGGUUCGUUUCAUCUGUUUUGUACAUGUAUAUAAGGCACACACCACGGGAUAUAAAGACGAUGUACCGAAUGACGCGCGCGAUCUAAUAUGUAUAUGCAAGAAGAGCUUCUGAAAAACAGAAAAUCAUCAUCACGUAAUUACGAGUUCAAGAGCUUUACUCGCUGGUGCAGUGUGUGUGUGUGUGUACAAUAUGUACUUGUGAUCGGGGAGAGGCGCGCGAAAGCGCACUGAUAAGCCCGUGGCACUUGUCUUGCGGGCCCGUUGGCUCCGAGACUUCUCGAGUCGUACAGUCGCAUUUGUACGGCCGAGCAAGCGCGACCUACCAGCUGGGGAUAAUCAAUCGUCGGGAGCGACGAUUCGGUUGUUAAUUUGUUGAAAUAAUCGGUUGGAACAAGCCGGGGGCAUGUACGGGCAGCUGAUGGUCGGCUUGCAGCGCUCGGGAGGGAGCCUCAGGCGCACGGCUCUCAGGGCCUACUCGUCCUCCUCGAGUAUGCCCCUGUCGAUUCACCUGACGCCGGGCGGCGUCAGCAACCGGAUGGACCUCCGCCGGGAGCUGCAACAGACGGCGGAGCGCCGACGCCGGUCCAACUUCACCGAGCGCAACCAGCUAAAGUACGCCCGGCGAUUGGUGGUGAAGCUCGGCAGCGCGGUGGUGACGCGCGAGGACGAGCACGGGCUGGCCCUCGGCAGAUUGGCCAGCAUAGUCGAGCAGGUGGCCGAGAUCCACAACGAGGGCCGCGAGUGCAUCAUGGUGACCAGCGGGGCCGUGGCCUUUGGCAAGCAAAAACUCGCCCAGGAGCUCCUCAUGUCCCUGUCGAUGCGCGAGACCCUCAGCCCGGCCGAUCACACCCGCGAGCACGCUGCGCGGAUGCUCGAGCCGAGGGCCGCGGCGGCGGUGGGCCAGUCGGGCCUCAUGUCCCUGUACGACGCCAUGUUCGGCCAGUACGGGGUGAAGGUGGCCCAGGUGCUGCUGACCAAGCCGGACUUUACGAACGAGGAGACCCGCAAGAACCUCUUCAGCACCCUGAGCGAGCUGAUAAGCCUGAACGUGGUGCCGAUCAUCAACACGAACGACGCGGUGUCCCCGCCGCCCCAGGCCCCGGACGAGGAGGUGUCCGGUGGGGCGGGCCGCCGGGGCAUAUCGAUCAAGGACAACGACUCGCUCGCGGCGAUGCUCGCCGCGGAAAUACAGGCGGACCUGCUCAUCCUCAUGAGCGACGUCGACGGGAUCUACAACCUGCCCCCUUGGAGGGACGGAGCCAAGCUCCUCCACACCUUUAGCUCGGAUCAACGGGGCGCCAUCACCUUUGGGGAAAAGUCCAAGGUGGGCACGGGUGGCAUGGACUCGAAGGUCAACGCCGCCUUGUGGGCCCUCGACCGCGGCGUGUCGGUCGUCAUAUGCAACGGCACCCAAGACAAGGCCAUCGACAGCAUAGUCGCCGGCCGGAAGAUCGGCACCUUUUUCACCGAGUCGUGCACCAGCUCCGCCCCCGUCGAGGUGGUCGCCGAGAACGCUCGGCUGGGGAGUAGGGUGUUGCAGUCCCUGCUGCCGGAGGACCGGGCCGGUUGUAUAAACAGCCUGGCCGAUCUGCUCGAGUCCCGGCAACCCGACAUCCUCGAGGCGAACGCCCGGGACCUGGAGGAGGCAGCCAAGUCGGGUCUGGCCAAGCCGCUGUUGUCGCGGUUGUCGCUGUCACCGGCCAAGCUGCGCUCGUUGCGAGACGGUUUGCGCCAGAUAGCCGACAACUCCCUGGAGAAUGUGGGCCGGUGCGUGAGGCGGUGCAAGCUCGCCGAUGGGCUGGAGUUGCGGCAGGUGACGGUGCCGAUCGGCGUGUUGCUCGUGAUAUUCGAGUCGCGGCCCGACAGCCUGCCCCAGGUGGCGGCCCUCGCCAUGGCCAGCGCGAACGGGCUGCUGUUGAAGGGUGGCCGGGAGGCGGCGCACAGCAACCGGGUCCUCAUGGAGUUGGUGAAGGAGGCGCUGAGCGGGGUGGGUGCGGCCAACGCGAUAUCCCUGGUGUCGACGCGCGAGGAGAUCGGCGACCUGUUGUCGAUGGAGGAGCACAUAGACCUGAUCAUACCGCGGGGCAGCUCGGAGCUGGUGCGCACCAUACAGGACCAGUCGAAGCACAUACCCGUCCUUGGCCACGCGGAGGGCGUCUGUCACGUGUACGUCGACCGGGACGCCGAGAUCGGCAAGGCUCUGCGCAUCGUGCGCGACUCAAAGUGCGACUACCCGGCCGCGUGCAACGCCAUGGAGACGCUGCUCGUGCACGAGAGCCUCGUCGAGGGCCCCAACGCCGGCUUCUUCACGGACCUCAUCGGCAUGCUGCAGAAGGAGGCCGUAAAAAUAAACGCCGGGCCGAGACUGAGCAAGCUCCUGACGUUCGGCCCACCGGCAGCCAAGAGCAUGAAAAUCGAAUACGGCGCCCUCGAGUGCACGGUAGAGGUGGUCUCGAGCGUCGAGGAGGCGGUCGGCCACAUCCACAGGUACGGCAGCGGGCACACGGAGGUCAUCGUCACCGAGGACCAGAAGAGCGCCUUGUACUUCAAACGCGAGGUCGACAGCGCGUGCGUCUUCCACAACGCGAGCACGCGGUUCGCCGAUGGCUACAGAUUCGGACUCGGCGCCGAGGUGGGCAUUUCGACGGCGAGGAUACACGCGCGAGGUCCGGUUGGCGUAGACGGCCUCCUCACGACCAAGUGGAUCCUCAGCGGGGACGGGCACACGGUGGCCGACUUUGCGGAGGGUGGCUCCAAGACCUACCUGCACCAAAUGCUGCCGACCGACGGUUCCUCGUGAUCACUGCCCUCCCCCGCGCGUACACCCUUAGUUUGUCUAUUCCCUCCCCUCAUCUCCUGUUUCGAUGACGCCACUUUGUCAUCCUCGUCUCUUCGUCAUCGCUGGUGGAGUGUUAUUUUAUUAUUUAUUUAGAUGAUAUGGUGUUCAUCCGCUGAUGAAUAACCCAACAUGUAAUACAUACCAGCUGGCUGUUGUUGUUCUUGUUGACGGACGCGAUUUUCGUUUACCUCUCCUCCCCCGCACUCCUGACCCUUUUUUUUUUCGUGGUAUCGUGUAAAUUAAUUGUUCUACCCAUCGCUUGAUAAUACUUUUUGAGUACAAUUGAAGAUCGUCCGGCUGUUGUUAUCGUCGCGUUUAAACACAUUUCUUAUCUGUUUUAAGAUGUACAUAAACAUAAUAUAAUACAUACCUGUCGUUUAGUAUUAAAAAUAUGCUCUAUUGUUUGUACGAGUUUUAUAUUUUACUCGAUUGCGUCCUUUUAGAAAAUUUAAUAUUUAACCAUUUGGUCAUUAUUUUGUCUAUUGGUGAUUUUUGACUCGAAAAAAAAAAAAAAAAAAAAAAAAAAAAAA